AUGUUCGUGCCGAAAGCAGGGUCCGCAACCACCCUGCGGAAUCCGCGAAGGCGUCAGCGUACGAGUUCUGGCGAGUCCAUCAAGGCACCAAGUGCUAAAAGGCAACGAUCAAUUCUAAGCCAAGAUGAUAAUCCUGAUACAGGAAUCCCAACAUAUGGUGCGCCAAAUCACAGAUCCUCGAUACCUACUGCGACCACUGAGGUUGACUCGACGCCCGCGCCUGGCGGCGAGAACCAAAAAAACAUUCCGAUAAGGACCUUCAACGCGACAGAGAAGCGAAAAAGCGAUGUUUUAGGCCCUAUCAUACUGUAUCUCAAUUGCCAUGUUUACCUGACCAAAUCCGAAACCUCCGUUCAGAAAAUUGCAGAUGUUCUUUCGCCGCCGGCCAUGGGUAUGGGCUUAUUAUCACUCAACUCGAGGCCAUCAUUUGGCCGUAUUCCACCAUGGUCUCAUCGCCCUUACCUACCGAUGGAUGCCAGCGAUGUAUCACCUUUGGGGGUGAUUUUAUCGACCGCGACCAGUUCUACCCCCGGAUUAAUGAUACUAAUGCCGCAUAAUGGAAGGAUCAUAUACUGGGAGACCGUGUCUUGCGCCGCAUCAUUAAGUCUUCCACGGCAAAAGCAAACAGGGCUUCAGGGAUAUGUCCCAGGGAUGCUUUCAGGUGAAUGUGCGACUGAUAUAGUGAACGCGGAGCCUUCAGGUGUUAUAGUCACAUUUUCUACUGGGCGAGUUGCUCAUAUUACCCUCAGAGAUUCUCAAGGAAAGCCGGCCGUGACCGUAAACUUCUUGAAGAAUCCACACAGCACUGGCGGAAUUGGAUUUCUUGACGGCAUCAAGAAUGUUUUCGGGGCCGGAUAUUGGAGAAAAAAAGUUGCCGCUGUGCGUGCAGGUGAAUCCUUUCAGCGGGGUCAGCGAGAUAUCAUAAUUGCAACUUCAGCAGGUCUGGUGGAAGUCUGGGAUACCCACUGGAAUAAUGGUAGUAUUCUCAAAAACCAAUAUGAUGUCAAAGAAGACCUACUAGCUGCAACCAGGAAGGAUGAAGCCUCUGACUAUGAAGUCAAAAUCUGGGAUCUUGCAGUUGUCACCAGUUCAUGUGAGGACAGCAGCAAUCCAUGGGAGAUAUCGGUACUGGUUGGCCUGUUCUCGGGGGUAACUAUACAAGGCGUGUUUGUGACUCGAUUGCGGCUCACUGACGGGGCUCGCGUUUUGUCAACAAAUCCUAUCAGUUUGCACACUUUUCCCACCGAUUCACUUCAUCUAGAGCCUCGGCUCUUCAUCCCCAAACCUCAUGAGACGGCAUUCAUUGUGAUUGGACAAUCUAUAAUCUUGCUGUCAUUAACGGACGCUGAAGGUACUUCGAGUUCACAGCUCCUAAUUGACAAUGGCCAGCCACGGACAUUCCACGACUCGAUCAACUUCCGCUCUGGACAGGCCUAUGAGAUACUAGGGUCAGGAUUCGAAGAUCAAAGUGAGGAGUAUGCGAACCCUUCUUGCUUGCUUAUGAUUCGAGAGUUCGGUGUAGUCCGUAUCACUGCGCUACCUCGGCAGGAAACCGCGGAGACUGCGCGAAUCUCGGCUCAGCAUAAACUCGAGCAAGCUGUAUUCUACGGUACGAUGUUAGGCAACCCACUGAACUUGUCCAGUAAGGGCGAUCUGGAUUUUCCUGUCCCAGAAAUCGAGCAAGCCACUCUAGCGAUCUGUCAAGGGCUACUGCGGUCUACCUCUAAGUUCAUCCCUUCAGCGGCCAUAUCUAUCGAUCAAAAUCUGAAAUUACGCUCAAAGGCCUUGGAUGAUCUUUCUCGGAUCCUACUUGACCAGAAUAAAAUCAUUGAUCGGCGGAUCUGGUGGGAGCUCCUAUGGGGUGCGGAAAAGCUUGCGGCUCAAAGGGCAAUAUGGAGAUUGGAAGCGAGCGCCAGGAAACGCAAUAGCAGUGGAGCGACAUUCCUUGCGCAUGUUUUGGGACUGAUGAAUGAAAAGUUCAAAACAAAGCUGGACGAUACAGACGAUCCAAUACGGCAGUGGUUUCUGUUUGACAGUUAUCGAAUGGAACAUAUAGUGCCCUGGAUUUUCCAUGCGAUAAAACCUCAGAAAGGGAAUACCUCAAAACAAAUGCGACGAAUGUCAGAACAGAUCCUGGAAGCCGGUGAGUUAUCUCUAGCGGUGUUGGAGACGGCUUUCAGAUAUCGGGAUGAGCAUGCUAGCCAGUUCGGAAUUGGAGAUGGAUAUUUGGAAGAAGGGGUUUUAACCACCAAUUACGAAGGUCUUCCAGAAUUCUGGACUUCACAGAGCAUCAGCUAUUCUGAAAUCGGGCAUUUAUUAGAUCUCGAACUUGACAGCUGCAGAGCUAUACAACAAACUUCAACCAGCUCUGACGGAGGAGAUCAACAAAUAUCUGCGAAAAUUGCACGAAACAGUGCCAGGCACCUUCGGAUAAUGGGCCAAAUGUAUUCUGAGCGGAUCCGCUGGCUCUCAGCCCAAGAAGACCAGAAGCUGAUCGAUGAGGCUUCCGCAACCAAGCAGUCACACAUCAAACAGCGGAGAUGGCAGCUAUUUAAACUGGCUGGCAUCGGGCAACUAAAUGAAGCCAUCGAAUUGGCAGAGAGCUUUCAGGACAUGAGCGCGCUGGUGGAGCUUAUUAUUGAGCUCCAGGACCAAAACAAGGUUGUGUUUACCAACGUAGAUACUCCGGACGGUAUCGAGCUCGACAGGAAAAUAUCCCUUUAUUUCGAGAAAUUCGGAGACGCCUGGGCUGACGCUUUCUUUGGCCGUCAGAUAUCAAUGGGGCAGCCAGGGAUCCUGUUUUCAGCCAAAAAGUUCCAGUCGUUUGUUACUCGGUUCUUGCAUAAGCAUCAGCCUUAUGCCAGGCUCAGCUGGAUUAAUGAUGUGAUAGGUGAGGCCGAUUACGAAUGUGCUGCAAAGACCUUGGAGCAUCUUGCUCUCGAACAAGAACAGGAUGUCUGGGGUCAUCGAGUCAAACUAGCUUUGGCCAAGCUCUCUCAUCUCGCAAGAUGGGAAAAGGACGCGCCCAGCGAUACUCGGGCUUUGCAGAAUGACAUCAAACGCCUCGAGGGUCUUGCGGAGAUGGGUGCUGUGCAAGAAGUCAUUUAUUCAUAUGUCUCACCAGUGUUGCGAGAUGCUAUCGAUCAGAAAGCCGAAAUUGACCUUGCGAUUGACCAUUUUGCAAAAUCCACUGCCCAGAAGCUACCAUCGCUCCAUGAAUUGCUCAAGGAAGCUCUUACUGGGGUGGUAACUAGGAAAAUGCUGAGUCUUGACCAACUUGUGGACGUAUUGACGCUUAUCGAUCCAAGCCAGGAUCCAGAUAUUGGACAGAACGACUUUUCGGGGGACGAGUUCCAUUUAGCGUUACGGGUCAUUCGGCUGGGACACAAUGCUCAGGGAGAUCCAAAUUACAGCCUUGCACUCCAAAAACUUGUUUGGCGAAGAUGCAUUAUCAGGGACAAGUGGGAUGCUACGGGUGGGACAGCUGAACAGAUGGGAAGCGAAACUGAAUCCCCAUUGACCGCCACUGCGCUGUCUCGAACCCUUGCACUGUGCCUCAAUGAUCGUACGGACCCCAGCAAACCUCCACUUUACCGCCCCACUCGUCCACAAGAUGUGCUUUUGAAUGACAGUGAUUCUGCCCUUAUCUCAUCACGAUUUCGUCCAGAGCAACGAGCCCGAAUUAUUCGCGACCUUGAACGAGAAAAUUCAACUCUUCUACGAUAUAUUGAAAAGAGCGAACUUGAAUGUUGGUUCAAGAGUCUGCUCUCCUCCGCAGAAAAAGAAAGGACAUCAGAUGACGCUCUUCAAACCCCCUGCAGUAUGGAUGCGGAGAGCUCAUUGUCCCAAACGAACCGGAAAGAGCGGCUUAGCUGGCUCUAG